AGUUUAAUACAAACCAGGCUUGCUCGUGGCGGCAAAAAACCAACGUGCUUGAUCUCCCUCCGCCACUCCAUCCAUCUCCUCGCUCCCAGUCCCCGGGAAGCAUGGCGUCCGUCACCGCCCGCGCCCCGGUAGCGGCCCUUCGCCCGUCGUCGGCAUCGCUCAAGUCGUCGUCGGCCUUCCUUGGCCACUCUAGCCGCCUCGGCCGCACCGCGUCUCCCACGAGGCGCAGCCUCAAGGCGGAGGCCAAGGGCGAGUGGCUCCCCGGCCUUCCCUCCCCCUCCUACCUCGACGGCAGCCUGGCGGGUGACAAUGGCUUCGACCCGUUGGGCCUGGCGGAGGACCCCGAGAACCUGCGGUGGUUCGUGCAGGCGGAGCUGGUGAACGGCCGGUGGGCCAUGCUUGGCGUGGCCGGGAUGCUCAUCCCGGAGGUGCUGACCAAAGCCGGGCUGAUCAACGCGCCGCAGUGGUACGACGCCGGCAAGUCGGAGUACUUCGCGUCGUCGUCCACGCUGUUCGUGGUCGAGUUCAUCCUGUUCCACUACGUGGAGAUCCGGCGGUGGCAGGACAUCAAGAACCCCGGCAGCGUCAACCAGGACCCCAUCUUCAAGAGCUACAGCCUGCCGCCGCACGAGUGCGGCUACCCGGGCAGCGUCUUCAACCCGCUCAACUUCGCGCCCACGCUCGAGGCCAAGGAGAAGGAGCUCGCCAACGGGAGGCUGGCGAUGCUGGCGUUCCUGGGCUUCCUGAUCCAGCACAACGUCACCGGCAAGGGGCCCUUCGACAACCUGCUGCAGCACCUGUCUGACCCAUGGCACAACACCAUCAUCCAGACCUUCUCCGGUUGAGUCGAGGUCGAGGAGGGAUACGAUCCAUCGCUGGUGAGCUGAUAUGGACUGGAAGGCAAACAUUGAAACCUUAAGUUCCUUUCUGGAUCAGUUUGUGUGUGUUGUUAAUCUAUCUGGAGGGUACAGAUUCGGGCCGUGUUGCAAUGCAUGCAUGGUCUGAAGGGAGCGAGGGCUGAGGAGUGACUGGUAUGUACAUUAGCUGAAGGGGAUAUUAAGGGUAGAGAUCGUUUGAUCAGUAUCAUCUGUAUAUCCCCAUGCAUGGGGUUUCGUUUUGUGCGCUUACUUCUGGCUUGCCAGCGUAUGGUUCAAUGUGGAAACACAUGUAUUAGUACGAGAACUAGUAGACUUAUAAUUAAUAUAAAUCAAGCACGUACGACUUCUAGCU